CGCUGCGCACUACGUGCCGGUAUUAGGUUUCCGGUGUUAUGGCGACCACCGGCGACAUAGUCGCUUCAGUCUGGAGAGUAGCAGGCUGUGCAUUCAGAGGGCUGUGAAGAGAGGCAGCUAUCUCACAUGUCUGUGCAAUUCUGACUAUGCUGCUCUUGGUAGCGCUGGGCAUAGUUUUUUCCUCCACUGUGGUCACCACUGAGAAAGCUGCGAACACCAACCUCAAACCACCAGCACUGCUCCUCAACUACAGCAAGAUCUCCCUGCCGCCAGAGCACAUACCCUACUUCCUCUACAACAACAAGAGGGUCGCCAAGCAAUGUCGCCUGGACCCACUCUGCCCUUUUAAAGAUGCACUGCUGGAUUUAUUUGCCUGUUGGGGUUACGAGAAGAACUGUGAUCCAGGGAAGCGCUUUAGCUAUCCAGUCUGUACCAAAGCUGACUCUGGAUGGGCUCGUUCACUGGAGGCAGCUCGGGAGCUUUUCUGGAAGCAGGCUGAUUUUGGCUACGUCAAAGAGCGUCUCUCUGAGCUCAAAACACUCUGCAAGGCCAGCAAGCCAGGGCACUCAUCAUUAAAAUGCAGUAGCCACACUAGAUUCUGUAAGGCAACUAACCUUUAUCUGGACUUGCGGAAGCCACGCAGAAGUCAUGAGAGAUACAAGGAGGACUUCAUUCAGAGGGGUGAGAUUGGUGGUCAUUGCAUACUUAACAAGCGAGCACUUGCGGCGGAGGGAGAGCACAAGAGCCCCUUGCAAUCUUGGUAUGCUGAGCUGCAGACAUACACAGAGCUGGACUUUGAUCCCAUAGAGGAUGGACACUGUGAAAUCAUCAUUGAAAAACCCACAGUUUUUAUGAAACUGGAUGCUGGGGUGAACAUGUACCACCAUUUCUGUGACUUUGUCAACCUCUACAUCUCCCAGCACAUCAACAACUCCUUCAGCACAGAUAUCAACAUUGUCAUGUGGGACACGAGUUUUUAUGGUUAUGGAGAUCUGUUCAGUGAAACAUGGAAGGCCUUCUCAGAGUAUGACAUCAUCCACUUGAAGACCUAUGACUCGAAAAGAGUGUGUUUCAAAGAUGCCUUCUUUUCCCUCCUUCCAAGGAUGAGAUAUGGCCUCUUUUACAACACGCCUCUCAUCUCAGACUGCUAUAGUGAAGGGAUGUUUAGGGCGUUCUCCCAGCAUGUCCUCCAUCGGCUGAACAUCCCGCAAGACGGGCCAAAGGAGGGGCGUGUUCGUGUCACCCUGCUGGCACGCAGCACAGAAUACAGAAGGAUAUUAAACCAAGUGGAGCUGGUAAAUGCCCUCAAGACUGUGCCUUUACUAGAGGUCAAUGUGGUGGACUACAAAUACAAGGAUGUUCCCUUUCUGGAGCAGUUGAGGAUCACCCACAACUCUGACAUCUUUAUAGGGAUGCACGGGGCAGGUCUGACACACCUCCUCUUCCUCCCUGACUGGGCUGUCAUCUUUGAGCUAUAUAAUUGUCAGGAUGAGAGCUGCUAUCGAGAUUUGGCUCGGCUGCGGGGCAUUCGAUACGUGACUUGGCAGAAAAUGGACAAAGUGCUCCCACAGGACAAGGGUCACCAUCCCACCCUCGGUGACCAUCCAAAGUUUACUAACUACUCUUUUGAUGUGGGGGAGUUCAUGCGGCUUGUGCUGGAGGCAGUCAAUUACGUCACACAACAUCCCAAAUGGCAGCGCCGAGCCCUUCAUGAUGAACUCUAGAGUCUCUGUGAGAGGGGAUCCAAACAUUUGUCUCCUGAAGGACUCUCAACACGAUCCUGCCUUUUGUAAUGAUCGAAAGACAUCCUGACACUGCCAAUGUACCUUUAGCAGUUUUUUUUAAGUUACCUCAUUCACCAGUGGUCAGAUGGAAUAUUUGUCACCUCCUGUCCGCUGCUUUGAUAAGUCUGGAUGAGCGAAAGCAGUAUGGCGGACAACUCCGCUUUGAAUAGCUUCCAUCAGCUCUAUUAGUGUCAAAUCAGUUUAAGGACGAGGGGAGUGCAGUCGAAGCAUCUGGAGAGCGAUAAGAUGUGUCCUAUGUUUCUUCAUUACCUCCCAUGCGUCUGCUUCAUUCCACGCCGACAAAGUUAGCUAAUGAGCAGCUGUUACAGCAUCCCUUCACAUGCGACAUCUUGUCACAUUUGAUCAGUGUCACCUUGAUGCGAGCCUCUUCAGAGCUGUUCAUAUUCACACCAGAGUUUCUGAGCACAUCUAGCAUAUACCCCUCUAAUAUGAUGUCCAGUAUUCACAUGCUGGAUUUGCUCAUAUAGCGGCAAACUAAGACUUUUUUUGCAGUUAGUUUGCAUAUCGAAAUCAUGUGGUUUUCAGAUAUGCUCAUCAACACUAAAAACACUAGAAACUCUAAAAAAAAUAAAAAUAAGAGACAGAAGGUAAGUGAGACACUCCUCCUGCCAGGAGGCUUUUUUCUUUUGUAUCAGUAUUUGUGCUAUGUGUGCGUGCAAGUACAUUCAUACUUUAAAACACUGUUAUUAAGUAUUGUGAAAUAUACAUUCAAGUAUUUUAAGUUUCAACACUCCAUUGUUUCUCAAAACAUAAUGACAAUUAUCUUUUGUCAGUCAAAUAUCAAAACUAUCUCACAGGCUCUUUAAAUCUACCUUUUACUAUUACAUUUCUAUUUAAAGUUUAAAUGGUUUUCUUUUAUGUUUGUCACAGUCAUUAUUUAAGCGUAUGUCUUGUUGGUCCAAUGGACCAUCCUUUUGAUACUGAUGUCUGUUUUACUGGGAAUUCCUUUGCACUUAAUCAAAGGAAAUGCAUUAUCAGUUUGGUCAAAUGAGGGGGCUGCUUCCAGUUGCUACCUUUCCUAAAGCCUUCUGAAUUGCUGUUAGUCUUAUAUUUUACAGUAAAUUAGAGAAUGAGCACAAUUUGCAUGCAACCUGAUGCAAUGCAUAAGAGUAUUUUGAGAGAUCAGAGGAUCAUUUUCAUGUUUCUUGGUCUCUCCGUGAGCUUGAUGUUUUAUUUAUCGGGGAAACCAUGUUGACCUGAGUCAGACCUUUUUGGUCAGGGCUUUGCUAGUCGUAUAGGUGAUUUCAUAUUCCAAAGCUGUGUAAUAUUUUGAAAUAAAUAAUUCUAAAAAAUGC